AUUUGUAAUGCCUUCAAAUGAUGUGGUGAAGUUAAUACCCAAAAUUAAUAAUUAUUUAUUGAUAAACUUGGGUUCCAAAGGCCAACUAUAACAAUUCUUGUUCUAUUGAAGGCAUAUAUUAGAAAAAGGAAAACUACUUAAGAUGUCAUCGUCGUAUUAUAGAGCGUCAAAGCAAAGUUGAUUCACGUUAGAUAUGAAGUUGUGAAAGGUUAGGGUUUGUCAUCAACUAGUCAUAAUAUUAUUUAUUUUAAUUCUAUAAGAUUCUGAAGAACAGGAAAUAUGUUGGAGGGACUUGCUGCUUGGAUAUUAAACACCUAUUUAGGGAAAUAUAUUGAUUUAAAUACAGAUCAACUGAGUAUAGCUCUACUGUCAGGUAAAGUUGAACUUGAGAAUCUACCUCUGAAAAAAGAUGCAUUACGACAUUUAGGCUUACCUGUUGAAAUAAAAACAGGCUUUAUUGGUAAAAUUAAACUACAAAUACCAGUCAGGCAAAUACGUUCAGCACCUUGGGUUAUUGCUAUUGAACAAUUGUACUUAGUUGCAAGUCCUUUGCCCAUAUCUGAGUGGGAUAGUGAAAAAGAAGAAAAUGCCAGACAAGAACUAAAAUUAUCUGCCUUAGACAGAAUGGAGGCUCAUUGGAGACUUGAGAAUGAUUCAAAAGAUAUCAAUACAUAUUAUUCAAAUACUUACUCUUCUUGGAUGAAUUUUGGUGCAGGAGUUAUUUCCGAUAUUAUAGAAAAUAUACAACUGAAUAUCGAGGAUGUCCAUAUUCGAUAUGAAGAUAAUAUAAGCGUAGUUGAUAAGUUUGUUGCCUUUGGUGUAACAAUCGAUUCGUUAUCAGCUCAAAGCUGUGAUGCAAAUUGGAGCCCAAGAUUCUGUCAUUUAGAAAAAGAAGGAGAAUCCUUUAAGUUACUGGAAAUGCAAAAAUUUGGUAUUUACUGGGAAGAUUUGGCACCUGAAAGGAUGUUGGCACAAUUAUCACUUGGAGAUUUAGCAAUUGCAAUGUCCCCAUUUGCAACCAUGAAAAAUAUAAAGCAUUUUAUUCUCCCUCCUGUAUCGGCACAAGCCCACAUUAAAAAUAAUCAUAGUGAGCAACCCUUAAGGUCAACAGAUACUCCAAGAUUCGCUUGUGAUCUUGUUUUGGAUGACGUACCUAUUACACUUAUUGAUUGGCAAUAUGAUCAAGUGGUCAAAUGUCUCCAAGGUCUUGAUGACCUUGCCAAAUAUAGAAGUUACCGUAUAUAUCAACCUUCUAAACCUGUCAAGGAAGAUCCUAAAUCUUGGUGGGUUUACGCUAUAAACUGUUUAUAUCCCGGCCGACCACCUAGCAUAUGUGAACCUAAACCUUCUUGGGAGUCAUGCCUCAACCUUGCAAGACAGAAUGUUUCUUAUGUCAGAAUUUAUAAAAAAAUCUUAGCAACUCCAACCAUCACACUCAGUUCUGAAGAGAAAAAAUUGAAAGAUGAGGUUGAAGAGACACGAGAUUUUGAGGAAUUGAAGGCUCUGAGGGAGAUUGCCAUGCAGACUGUCAAACUUCCUAACCUCAAAAGUAACUCGAACAAUUCAGCUGGGCGGAGUAUGUUGGAGAAUUGGUUUCCAGGUUGGGUGGGGUGGUAUUCAUCUGCUCCUGCAGAAAGCGAAGCUUCUGAAACAUCUUCCCCAGAAGCGAAACAACUAGAAGGGGAAAUUCUGCAGGUUCUUUCAGAUUCGGUAGAAAACAACACAAUAUUCAAAAGAGAUGCAGUUUUUGGUAAAUUUAAUUUUUGUCUCAAGAAAGGAAGCAUCAAUUUAUGUACUACAAUGGAUGGGGAAACUUCGCCGAUGCUUGAAUUAGAGUUCAAAAAUUUAUCGUUGAACAUUGUAAGCAAACCUCGCACCCAAGCUCAUCUUGUAGAACUAUCUCUAGGAGCUUUGUAUCUGAAAGAUAAAAUAACCCAAAAUUCGUUAUUCUCUGUACUUGUUGGUCCACCUGGGCUCGAAAGAGGUUUUGUCAGUAGAUCUAGAGGGCCUCAAAGCCCUCGGGUCAGUGUGGUGAAUCAACUGGAUUCCUACAAUGAAUGUUUAUUCUACAUAGCCUAUGAGAAGAAACCAUCAAAUUCAAGUGCAGAUUAUAGGUUAUGCAUUCAGUCAAAAUGUUUAGAUAUUGUUUAUCAACCAAAUGCAAUAAAAUGGUUAAUCGAGUUUGUAUGUUUACCACAUAAGAAAAACAUCACUCAAUCCAGAAUAGAAGCAAUGAAAAGUAGAACCAAAAAGGAGCUCAUUAAAAAUUGGGAGCAAAUACUUGGCGGAAGAAUAGUUGAUAGAACUACUUGGGAUUUGCAAUUCGAUAUAUCAGCUCCACAAAUAAUUUUUGUUGAAAAUUUCUGUGAUCAAGGAGCUUCCAUGGCUGUGAUUGAUUUUGGAAGGCUCCAAUUAAGAAACAACACUCAAUAUUCUACAGGAGAAAAUGAACAAACAAUCAGUAAAGCUAGUGAAGAAGAAGAAACUUUCUUGACCCCUUGCUCUACUCCACCACAGAGCGAGGCUAGUGAUUUAGAUGACCAUACGUUAGAUAUAUCGAACAUGGAACCUUUGCCAGCUGAUGUUGUGAACGAAACCACACUCCACCAAAAGAUUUAUGAGCAAUAUACUGUGGAUCUAACGGAUUUACAGAUUUUAGUGGGAAAAGUGAAAGAUAACUGGCGUUAUGCGCAUAAUAAGGGCAGCUCAACGUUACACGUUUUAGAUAGAUUCAACAUAUCAAUACAAGUAGAGAGGAGGGUGAUACAUACUGUGGAUCCUUUAUAUCCCAGCUUAACCCUCAAUGCUAACCUACCGAAAUUGGUAGCACAUCUGAAUGAAUCUAAAGUUAAUUCUGCCAGAAAUUUGUUGCAUAUUAUAACAUCUACAGGAUUGCCCUCACCUUUUAAAAGUACCGAAACAGAUGACGAUUCUGUGUUUGAGCAAGGGCAAGAUGAAGAACUUUCAAUUAGUAUCGAUACAAGUCUUGAACUGUCAAAAUUACUCAUGGUGCAAUUCAUAGUUGAUCAUAUGUCUUUGGAAGUACAGAGUAGGGGUAGAAGUGUUGCAGAACUUCAAGUGUCGGGGGUUAAAGUGGCUUUGAUGAAGAGGUCCAUUGAUAUGAGUGUAACUCUCACUGUGCAUAGUUUGUUACUUGUGGAUGCUCUGCAGACAUUUGGAGCCGAUUUUGAGCUCUUGGUAGCCAGUCAUAAGCAUGUUGGGAUGGAUUCAAAAUCUGGGAGUUUGAGGGAUAGUGAGCCAACAUCCCCAGUAUCACCAGCUAGUCCAGAUCCAAACAUUUCUAGGCCUGUUCUCACAUCGCCUAUGGCUCUUACACAGGCUCUCACCUCUUUGACAGCUUCUCCUCUGAACAAUGAAACCACAUUGCGGACAACCACUAUUUUAGACGCAGAAGCACUCAUCACAAUCGAGGUUAUAAUUAUUAGUGGUCAGGAGCCUAUGCAAAUUGCCAAUGUGCAAUUCAAUAACCUGGAUAUAAUAGCAAAUCAAGAAACAUUAGUAGAACUUGUUGGUUUUGCCAGGAGAGUUUUUCCAAAAUCUUACAAAUCCGCAAAUAUCAAGCUGCCUACAGCAAUGCCCUCUAGUGUAAGAGCGUCAACAGACUCUCUUCCAAGCAUGUUAGAACCUAAAAUUGGUAAAACAGAGCUUACCUUCGAUUUCCACAGACUGAAUGUUCUUUUAUUGCGUGGAAUUAUGAAGGAUGGCAUUUUGCAUGGCAAGAAAAUCUGUACAGCUACAAUGAGUGGAGCAAAGAUUCAAGCUACUGUCAGUUCCAAAGUUGAGAUAGAAGGUUCUCUUGGAGGACUUCAAGUGCUGGAUUUGACACCAGAAGGGCAAAUGCAUCAAAGAAUAGUAAGCGUAGGUAAGGAUUUACUUCAGGAAGAUCAAAUUCACCCCCUAUACGUAUCGUCUCAAGAUAAUGAUGUGGAGAGAGCAUUCAGUUUCAAAGUUGUGAGAAGUUUGGAUCCUAAAGAUGACAGAGAUGUUGCUGAUAUAAGAAUUAGAAUGGCAUCUUUAUGGUAUACUCAUUCCCCACAUUUUGUCUGUGAACUACAAUCUUGUGCUACAGAAUUCAAACAAUACAUGUCACAUCUGGCUAGGUCUAUCAAGAGUGCUGCAACAGAUAUGGCAUUGGGACUGGUUCAAGCAAGGGCAGAGGCUUUGGCACAGUCUCUGUAUAUGAACGCCAGGCUAUCAUCCUCUAUUUAUGGGAGUGCUUUCUCCUUGUCAGAAUGCUCGUCUCCAAGAAAAAGGAGAAGGAGCAGCUCUGUUGGAGCAUCUGGAUUUUCUUCAGCUAGAGAUACAAUACCUCAGACUCCGUAUAGUCCCGAAGAUUCUGAUGACUUUGUCAUAGAUAUCAAAUUGGAUAUUAUUCUAGAUAGUCCAGUUGUUGUCCUUCCUAGAGGACCAAAUACUUCUGAAGUGUUUAUAGCUCAUCUUGGUAGAAUAAAUGUUUCUAAUAAAGAUGUGAAGGAGAAUUCCACUAAUGGCCUACAUGAGAAUUAUUCGGAAUCGAGAACAGAGUUUUAUGAAAUCGAGAUAAGAGACAUGAACCUGUUCUCACUUGACACUUCCUCUAGAAGAGUUAAGGAAUCAAGAAAAGAUCAGACUUCAAUGGUUAGACCAGAAGUGCUUUACUCGUGUAAUACAUUAGCCAAACCAAUCCUGCAUGACACUUUGGUCAAAUUGAAUAUAGAAAGAGAAGUUACCAGGGGAAAUUUAGAUUAUAGCAACGAGAGUCUUUUACCACUUGAAGAUGACGAAAUGAGCGGCGAAUCUGUAAAGAGUAAUAUACAGAUUACCGGUUCUGUAGUAACUGCAUUAAAAGUUUCAUUAACAAGGUUGCAAUACGAGCAAGUUUUGGACACUGUGCAGUGGUUGACCUCGAACCCGAAGAUCUCUGAAUCCGUUAUGAGAUCUUUGAAACCUCAGUCGGCACUUGGGGACAUAACUGAGGAAGACACAGGUGUCACAACUCUCAAUAUGGAUCCCCACGUUAGGGCUAAGCUGUUUCCAACCAUGACAAAUGUGUCCAAAACCAAGAGUAUCGCUUCAAGAAUGGCAAAUAUCAAAGUUUCCUUUGAACUUCCAAUUUUUACUAUUGAACUUAGAGGGAAUAUUCCAUCUACGGAGCAGGGUUUGAUCGAUGUUUCCUUCAGAGAUUUCGUAUUUAGCUAUGAGAAAUCUCACAAAUAUGAAACUAACAUUCAAGUUUCGCUGAGAUCCAUUUAUAUGGAAGAUCUUUUACAACCAGAAGGUUCUAGACAACGUGCUAUGAUGAUUUCAUCAUCUGGCGGAGAUCUCCCACCUAAUGCUUCCUGCAUGUCGAGAUCAUGCCCUGACAUAACUUACAACCAGUAUUAUCCUGUCCCUGUACACGGAUCUCUUCCUGAUCAUUUAGAGACUUCAACCAUAUUUGGAGUGACCAAUAACAAGCAUAAUAACUUCAUACCUCAGAGAAUUGAGGAGAUGUAUCCAUGCACUCCACCUCCUUCUCCAACCCUGAGGAGGAAAUCCAGAAUAGAGAAAAAUUUGGUGUUGAUAUCGGUCCUUCUUGUGGAUAAAAACGCUCCAAAUUUCAAUUCACAGUAUAAUUCGUUGAAUAUGAAUGCCUCAGUUGAUUUCAACUGUUUGGAUUUGGUCAUCAGUGUGGAGUCGUGGGUCGUACUGAUAGACUUUUUCAGUGCCUCACCCACAAGCCCUACAAAUGGUUUGGACAAAGUAAAUCAUGUGAAUGAUAACGUUCUUCCAGAAAUCGUUACCGAAAAUGUGGGUACAAAUAUAACAAUAAGAUCCUUAACGAUGGUACUUGUUAAAUCCGGAUCCGACAUCGCUAAAGCCAACAUAUCCAAGGUUGAGAUCGGUAUCAAAACGAGUGGUAUGCAAAAAGAAGUUGAGGGUUCGUUGGGUUCUAUAUCUUUAAUCGACCUCACAUCACAUGGCCAUUUGUAUAGAGAACGAUUUUCCACGUCAGGUUCCAAAGCUUUGAAGUUCAAAUAUAUAAGGAAUCCAACAACUGGUCACAAAAAUUACGAUGCUCAUCUAGACAUUGGGAUGUCGUCUGUGAUGUAUGUUCACACCAAAAGGUUUGUUGCAGAACUACAAGCUUUCUUCAAUCAUUUCACACAGUUGCAACGAGUCAUGGAGAGUAUCAGAGCUGCAACCAGUGGUCAAAAGCUUCGUAACGAACCCCUGAAACUAUCACUCAGUAUUUACGCGGGUUCUCCUAUAAUAUUGGUCCCUGUAAGUUCUAAAAGUUCAGAUUUACUAGUUAUAAAUUUGGGGCAGUUGUUGGUCAAAAAUCGCUUCAAAACGCACAGUGAUCAAAAUACAGGCAGUGUGGGAACUAAAAGUACAAAUAAAAAAACUAUUUUGGAUGUCAUGUCUUUAGAACUUCAAAAUAUGGAUUUGUACAUGGGUCGAAAGGAGAGUGGUUCGAAAGCUGCAGUCCCUGAUAGUUUUCAGUUGGGCAGUGUUCGUGUUUUGAGGAAUGGUCCUUCUCUUUUAACCAAAAAGUUUCAGGUUAAAUUUAAGGUUGAGAGGAACCUGAUGAAUUUCCAUCCGGAGUAUAGAAUCGUACCUGACAUGAGUAUUUAUGGGCAACUAUCAACUCUAGAUGCUACAAUAGAUUCAUCUCAGUAUCGUCUGUUGAAAGGGAUGUUCACAUUCAAUUUGGGAGAAGAUACUGAGAAAAUUUUACCGUCUGUGAAUUCACCUAUAUCUAGCAGUACUCCUUCGGUGUCUGAUUCAUGGACUCUUUCAUCUCUUAAACUCGAUCUUCAAAAUGUCACCCUUCGUCUCCGAGAACACUCGGGGUCUCCACCGUUCACAUGUAUAAACUUCAUCAAGUCUCGACUCACUGUCGAGACUUUCAGCAAUCUAAGCCAAGAUAUAGACUUGGUCUCUCAGGAAAUCCUGGUUAUGGACACUAGGUUUGAUCAUUCACCUGGCGGUCACCCAUCUAACGUCUUCACAAACAUUCUGCAACCUGUUAAGAAGUUGAACCAGGUUGACAUAGUUCAGGCGGAAAUACACAGUAGGAAGAGGCAGGAUCAUUCUAAAUUCACGGUUUUGUUGAACAACAUGAGGUUGAUGGCCGUGUUCGAUUGGUGGGAAACAUUACAAAAGUUCAUAUUUCAAAAUAUCGAUAACAUAGACUACAGUCCAGAACAUCAGAAGAUGCCUGUUACCAAUUGGAAACCCGAACCAGGCACUUUUGAGGUUAAAUUGAAUAUUACGGAUUCUGAAUUGGUGGUGGUUGAAAAUACUGCUCAGUGGGAUACUAAUGCUGUAAUAUUGAAGAGCACAACUGUUAUAACUUAUAAACCCAAAAACAUCCAAAAACCACUAUCUUGCAACUUGAACCACUGUGAAAUGUUCUCGUGUAUUUUGGGUAUGGAAGAUGAAACGGCAUUAUCUAUCAUUGAUCCUAUAACUCUGAACAUAGACAUCAACGGUGAUAACAAACUAGAAGCACAAUUACAGUACUUAACCGUGAGACUCUCUUAUCAUGACAUGAAAAUGUUUCUUCAGAUAUUAAAUUCUCUUCCAAAGCAAUUGCUAUCAGGUCAUGAACCACAAGGAAGUUUGAACUACUCAGCAGAGAACGUCAAUAAAUUAGUGACAUUAGGGUUCAGUACUGAAGAUUGUAUAACAGCCUUGGAAAAAAGUGAGAAUAAAUUGGAUGAAGCUGCUAUUUGGUUAACAAAGUAUGCUACACCGAGAAAUAACACUGAGAAUUUUGGAGAAAUGAAGAUUGUUGUAGAUUGUAUUGAGGUCAAAGCAAAUUGUUUAUCAAUAUGUAUUAUUGACGACUGUGGUGAUUCGGACGUACCGUUGUUAGAGUUUUCUCUAAAAGAUCUAUACUUGACUCAAAACCUUUCAGAAACAGAGAAUAACGAAUUGCUUUAUAGAAAAGGCUCCCUUUGUUGUACUUUAGCAAGUGACUAUUACAACAGGGUACUUUCUGGUUGGGAACCAGUCAUUGAGCCAUGGAACUGUAAUAUUACCUGGCAUAAAACAUUAUCUGCUGCCUUGGUGAAGAACAGGCUGAACAUUGAAGUUCGUUCGAAGGAAAUUUUGAACGUUGAUAUAACCUCGACACUCUUAGAUCUUUAUCAAAAAGUCAAAGACAACUGGACAAGGGAUUAUUACAGUGUGAAAGAUAAGAAUGGGGAGAACAGGGAAAAUGAUUGCAAGCAAAUCUGUCAUUCUCCAACUUUCAAACGUAGAUCUCCCUUUGUACCUUUCGCGCUAAAAAAUGAUACAGGAUCUACGCUAUAUUUUUCUACUGUAAUUUCUGAAGUUGACGAUCUUGAAGCAACCCAAUCUGGACAUCGAGAUGAUUCUGUGAUCAUCGUAGCACCAGGUGACACUGUCCCAUUCUCCUUCAGUGGAAGAGAUAAAAUAAGGCAUCAGGAUUCCCACAAGAGAAAAAUGCACCAACUGAUAGUAAAAGUAGAAGGAUGGCAGCAAGCCCUGCCUCCUGUUUCAGUUGAUAAAGUAGGAGUUUAUUUCAGACAUGCCUUGGUGGAAAUCAAAACUAGAUCAAAUAUUCAGGCAGAUAUACCACCUGCAAGGAUAAUUUUCGAUAUUACCCUAGAAGGUUCUGCCAGGAAACUGAUCACAGUGAGAUCUGCUAUACUGGUGAGGAAUAAAUUGCCAGAAACUAUUGAAUUGAAAUUUGAGAGUCAGUAUUUGGGUUCUGGUUGGGUCCCAAGCAAGUCUCUAAACAUCGAAUCAGGUAUGACCUUGGCAAUUCCGCUGCAAUAUGCUCAUUCAGAUAUAGAUGUGAGACCUGUGGGCAAUUCUAACAAAUUUUCAUAUAGUACACCUUCGAUUUCCUGGAAGCAACCGAAUUCUGAGUUGGUGUACGAUUUGUUGACAUGCACCUCUAAAAAAGGAUCAAAUUACAGAUUUUGCUCUGAUAUAGUUAAAGAGAAGUUUGUAAUUGAAGGAAACUACAAAAGUGACCAACCAGCUCAUCGUAUUACUCUGUUGCCCACUGUAAAAAUUGUUAAUCUGCUUCCGAUUGAUCUUCUUUAUAGGAUUAAAGGCGAACAUGGGCGUAUAACUUCAGGUUCUUCUAGUGCUUUGACAAGUGUUGAUCCCGAUGAGGUGAUAGAAAUGAAUCUACUGGUGGAAAAUUUCGUCUCCUGUUCCUCUGUGAUAAUACCAGCUGCUUGUGCUACAGAUUUUGCAUGUCGCAUAAGGCUCGAAGAUAAUUUGGAAAGAAAACUUUUCUUGCAGGCUGUGAUUUCUUGCAAUAAAGGAGCAAAAAUUAAGAUCAGUAUUUCUGCGCCAUAUUGGAUCAUGAAUAAGACCGGUUUGCCUUUAGUUUUCCGACAAGCAGGUACCGGAAGUCUGGCUGCUGGUCAAUUCGAAGAACAUGAAUUCGCUAGAAUGUUGCUUCCUUUGCUAUUCAGUUUUUCAGAUCAUGAUGCUAGUCCUACAAUAAGUGCUCGGGUUGGAAACCACGUGGUUAGGGAUGGAACUCCACAGUGGUGUUCAAAUUUCCACGUCCAAAAAGGAAUACAAGUUCGUAAACUUCAUGUGACGAUGACUGAUGGUAGAUCUGACACAGUUUUUGUAGUCGGUAUAGAAAUAAGACCUGGAAAAGGUAGAUAUAGGUCUACAAACAUAGUUACCAUUUCGCCAAGAUAUCAAGUACAUAACAGAAGUUCAUACCAACUGGUGUUCUGUCAGAGUUACUUCACUCUCACAUUGAGCGAUCCAAACCAACAAAAGACCUCUUUGAGACUGAUGCCAAACUCCCAUAUGCCCUUUCAUUGGCCAAGGCUAGAUCAAGAUCAAUAUCUAUGUGUUUCUAUCAAGGACAUACCUGAUUGUUGUUGGUCAGGUGGAUUGAAGAUUGACGCAAAUAGUUCUACUCAUGUUAACAUAAGGGAUACAAAUGGCCGUGUUUACUUCCUUCGACUGGAAAUAGUUCUUCAAGGUGCCACAUUCUUCAUUGUAUUUACCGAUGCAGACACAAUGCCACCUCCUAUUAGAGUGGACAACUUUUCCGAGGUAUCCUUAACUUUUGCUCAGUCUUCCUGUAAAGAGGUACAUCACAGCACAGCUAGAGCUCAUUCUAGUAUACCUUAUGCUUGGGACCAACCCACUCAACCACCUCUCUUGAAUGUUGUGGCUCCUGGAGGUGUUACAAAGACUUAUGACAUGAGUGCGUUAGGCCCAUGUGCUGGUCUCACUUAUGAGAACUUUAUUUACAUCGCAUUUGUUGGAACUUUCAAAAGUGAUAUAUUGAAUCCUUUGGACGUCGAAAACCAGGAGCUUGUUCUCGAUGUAACCAAUGGGAAUCAAGUGGUUCUUGCUCGUAAAAGACACGGUUUACGGUCGCAGUUAUGGAGAAUGACAUCUACAGGACAUAUACAACAUGAGGGAAGUAGCCCACCUUACCAUCCUAAUCAGUCUAGAAGUGAUCAUGUUUUAGUUCUGGAUAUUGAAGGUAACGCGCCACAACCAAACUGCUUUUCAAGACUUAUGCUCAGAAGAAUGGAUCCUAGGAGAGUGUCAACUCAACUGUGGAGGUUCACAGAUGACGGUCUUCUAUGCUGCGCUCAUUACAAUAUGUGUGUACAAGCCCAAGACGGAUUUUACGGACUAAGACCAGGGAAUACAGUCGUACUAGGUUUACCCUCGACAAAUUCCAGAAAAAUGACUGACAAAGGUGUUCCUAUCGAGCAAGCUGUUGGUAGGCAGAGACUCAGACCGGGUUCUGGUUUUCUCUCAGUAGAGAUAAUAAUGGAUGGUCCCACAAGAGUGUUAGUUAUAAAAGAUAUGAAAGAGAAGAACUUUUACGCCACUUCCGACGAUAGAGAAUGGGGCAGCAUUGCUUUGCAACAGAGACCGCAUUUGGAUGUCAAUCGCGAAGAGGAUACAGAUAAAAGGGAAUUCCAAUUCACGAUGCAUCUUCAAGGUCUCGGUGUCAGCGUGGUGUGCUGCAAAACGCCCGAAGAAUUACUUUAUGGUGUCUUUUCGAACAUAGUGGCCGAGACUGUUGUGACGCCCAAAUCGAAGACGUUUUGUGUGAGCGUCGGUAAUGUUCAAGUAGACAACCAGUUAUUCGAAACAACAACUCCUGUUGUUCUAUAUGUGACACCACCGAAUAUAAGAAACAGUGAUGAGGGUGAACAAGAUUUGCCUGCCAUAAUGUUUCAAGCAGAAAUGCAGACGAAAGUUAAUGAGAAUGCGGUGAUAUUCAAGUAUUUGAUUCUGCGCUUGAAGAACAUAUCAGUUAUUCUGGAAGAAUUGCUACUGUUGAAAUUCUGCUCUUUCGCUGGUUUUCACUCUCAAGAAGAAGAACUGAUAAAUAAAGAUGAAAACGAUUUCGAAACUCAAAGGCUGCUUACCAAAGUAUCAACUUCACAUUCCAAAAGGUAUUAUUUUGGAGUUUUACAAUUGGUUCCUAACGAAAUAAGACUAAGUGUUAAGACUGCUAGUAAACUGAGCACCCAUCUGCAGAGGAUCAAGAAAAAGCUCGGUUUAACACUAAUAAAAUUCGAAGAUGCAGCUAUCGACCUACAGGCCUUCGACAGGAAACAUCCCUUCGAGACUUGGCAGUUUCUUCUCGAUUCAAUUGUAAAGCACUUCAGAGAUGAGUUGAUGUGGCAGGCUGGAAUCAUAUUGGGGUCGGUAGAUUUUCUCGGCAACCCCUUGGGAUUCGUGAAUGACGUCUCUGAGGGCCUGUCGGGUUUCUUCCUAGAGGGCAACGUGUCCGCCCUAGUCAAAAAUGUCACCCACGGCAUCUCUAACUCGGCGGCAAAAGUUACGGAAUCUCUUUCUGACGGUUUGGGUAAGGUGGCCAUGGACGAUCGUCACGAGGAGACCAGGCAGAGGUACAAGAGGGUGGAGACAGGCCGGAGUAAAGAUCAUCUAAUUGCGGGUUUUAAGGGGUUGGGCUUUGGGUUGUUAGGUGGAGCCACCAGUAUCUUCAAACAGGUGUACGAGGGUGUGGCGAAUGACGGUAUACAGGGGGCUUUUUCUGGUAUGGGUAAGGGAUUAGUGGGCGCUUUCACUAAACCCGUAGUGGGCGUAUUGGAUUUUGCUUCAGAAACAGCGAGAGCUGUAAGGGAUUCUAGCAGCAGUAAAAUUAUAUUCGAAAGGCAUAGACUUCCUAGGUGUGUUCAUGGAUAUGGUGGACUACUACCAAGGUACAGUUUGAAGCAGAGUCAGGGACAGCAGUAUCUUUACAUGGUUAAUGACAAAAAUUACAACGAACAGCUAAUUGCUUUCGAGGUACUUGGAAGUGCUUCAGAAGAUUUACAGUGCAUAGUUUCCAACGAAAGAAUAAGGAUUGUAGCAAACAAUUCGGAUCUUACUCCAAUAAUAGAUUGUCACCUUAUAAAUUUGAUAAGCUGUAAGGUGUAUGAAGAAAAGGAACACUCUGAAAAUAGAUACUAUAUUGAGAUCGUUCAACAUGUAGCAGGAACUAGUAGUUCAAUAUUAGUGAAUCCCGAUCCUGUUAAGAAACCCCGAGUGAGAUGUUGUAGUGUGGAAUUGGCAAGGACGGUUGCACAACAAAUAAAUUAUGCUAAGAGGCUUUACACAGAAUACCUCUAUACCUUAAAUACAGAUAAUACAGCAGCAGAAGACUGAUUUAACCCAUAUUAUUUAUUUCAGAAUAACACAGUAAUUCUUCAGUAUUCGAAUUAAACGCAAUCCUUGCCAAAGUGCUGUGUGUCAUGUAUGAGGCAGAUACUUCACGUUUAGUAAUUUAGAUUAUUUCAAUAAAUAAAAAAAUGUGAUAUACUCUAGCACUUCUCAAAUAUAUUUGAAUAUCGAAAUGUUAUGGUAUGGUUGUAAUCAAAAAUUUUUUCUUUCUUUUCUUUAUAAUUUUGCAAUAUGAAAAUUGCAAUUGCAUUGCUUUUUCCCGGUUGUUUUUUUUUAGGGAUAGUGCUUGCAAGCUUUUUGAGGACAUGUGCAAAUAUUCCAGUAUACAGUAAUCUAUGGAGUGUUGUUAUGGUUAUUUUUAUAAAGGAUUUGUAUAUAAUGUAUAUAAGUUAUCACUAUUUUGUACCAAAAAUGAUUUUGAUAUCAUUAAAUUCCUUAAAGAGAG